AUGCCUAUCACCGACAAGGAGGCCGCGCCCGGUGCCGCCAUGAAGGCUGAGAUCGAGGACUACUCCAAGGCUCUCGAGAUCGUGAAGACCUAUACUACCCAGGAUGGCCUGGAUGUUGACACUCUUCUCGACUCCGACAAGCACGGUGCUCUGACCUACAACGAUUUCCUGGUCCUGCCCGGUUACAUUGGCUUCCCUGCCUCUGAUGUUUCUCUUGAUACCCCUGUGACCAAGCGUAUUUCGCUGAAGGCUCCCCUUCUGUCGUCCCCCAUGGACACCGUCACCGAGCACAACAUGGCUAUUCACAUGGCCCUGCUCGGUGGUCUUGGUGUCAUUCACCACAACUGUGCCCCCGAGGACCAGGCCGAGAUGGUCCGCAAGGUAAAGAGAUAUGAGAACGGUUUCAUCCUGGAUCCAGUCGUCCUCUCUCCCAAGUGCUCUGUUGGCGAGGUCAAGGAGCUGAAGGCCAAGUGGGGCUUCGGUGGCUUCCCUGUCACUGAGAAUGGAACCCUCAAAUCCAAGCUUAUUGGUAUGGUCACCUCCCGUGACAUCCAGUUCCACCGUGACCUCAACGACCCCGUCACUGAGAUUAUGUCAACUGACCUGGUCACUGCUCCGGCUGGUACCACCCUGGCCGAGGCCAACGAGGUUCUCCGUCAGUCCAAGAAGGGCAAGCUCCCUAUCGUCGACGAGACGGGCAACAUUGUCUCCCUGCUUUCUCGCUCGGACUUGAUGAAGAACCUUCACUACCCCCUGGCUUCCAAGCUCCCCGACUCCAAGCAGCUCAUCUGUGCUGCCGCCAUUGGUACCCGUGAGGAGGACAAGCACCGUCUCAAGCUGCUUGUUGAUGCGGGUCUUGACAUUGUCGUCCUGGACUCUAGCAACGGUAGCUCCAUGUUCAUGGUUGACAUGGUCAAGUACAUUAAGCAGACCUUCCCCGAGAUCGACGUUAUCGGUGGUAACGUCGUCACCCGUGAGCAGGCUGCUAUUCUGAUCGCCGCUGGUGUCGAUGGCCUGAGAAUUGGCAUGGGCAGUGGUAGUGCUUGCAUCACCCAGGAGGUCAUGGCUGUCGGUCGUCCCCAGGCCGCCGCCGUUCGCAGCGUCUCCUCUUUCGCCGCUCGCUUCGGUGUUCCUUGUAUUGCCGACGGUGGUAUCCAGAACGUUGGCCAUAUUGUCAAGGGUCUAGCCCUCGGUGCCAGCACUGUUAUGAUGGGUGGUCUGCUUGCCGGUACCACUGAGUCUCCCGGCGAGUACUUCGUUUCCAACGAGGGUCAGCUCGUCAAGGCCUACCGUGGUAUGGGCAGUAUUGCUGCCAUGGAGGACAAGAAGGCAGCUGCUGGUGCUAAGGACAACAAGGCUAGCAACGCUGGUACCGCUCGUUACUUCUCUGAGAAGUCCAACGUCCUGGUUGCCCAGGGUGUUGCUGGCUCCGUCCUCGACCGUGGCUCCGUCACCAAAUUCAUCCCUUACCUCGUGACCGGUGUUCAGCACUCUCUGCAGGACAUGGGUGUUCGCAGCCUCGACGAUUUGCACGCCGGUGUCAACAACGGCUCCGUUCGCUUCGAGAUGCGUUCCGCCAGCGCUAUGGCCGAGGGCAAUGUCCACGGUCUUCACAGCUACGACAAGAAGCUUUACGCGUAA